AUGCCAAAACAGCUGCCUCGGAAUCCAGUUCAGGCAGCUGUAAAGACAUGGCUGAAAGACCAGCAGCCGCCGGCUGACGAAGAAGUCGAAGCUUGGGGAGAAAGCCUGCUGGCUUCCGCCCCAAAGCGAUUUACAAUCUACGAGCCGAUGGCACUUUUGCCUUGCGGCAGCUUCAGCAAGCCAAUAUGGACCAACGCGUUGGAAGCAUGCACGACAAAAUCUCGCACAGCGCUCUGGAUACUGUUGCUAAAGGAACUAUCUGUUAUCGCCAAGAGCCCGUUGACGAAUCUAUCAAUCAACGACGGCAUACCUCUGCACAAGGAUGGUGAAUCAGGCGAAGAAAAUGUAUUGCGCAGUCCUACAGGUCUACGAAUGCUGCACGGCGAUUUUGGCCCCUCUCACACUGCCGACGCUGCGCCAACCCAGGAGGAGUUCGACGAGGCUUUCUGGGUCUCGACAAAGCAGAACGGCAUACGCCAGACAUGGGCGCCCCGAUGGACCAUGUUUAGUCGCGGCAACGUCAAAGAAAAGGCGCGGCUCCUGGCCUGGCAGCCGCCCUCCACACCAGCCGCCGCCGGCGACGACGACGAGCCCUGGGCCGUGGACCUGUACGGCGGCAUCGGCUACUUUGUCUUUUCGUACGCCGCGCUCGGCAUGCGCGUCCUGUGCUGGGAGCUGAACCCCUGGAGCGUGGAGGGCCUGCGGCGCGGGGCGCUCGCCAACCGGUGGCGCGUCAGGGUGGUCUCGGACGCGGCCGACCUUGCCCGGCCGGUGGACGAGGUGCUGGCGAGCGGCGAGCAAAUCGUCGUCUUCCAGGAGGACAACCGGCGCGCGCAGGACAGGAUACGCCGGCUGCGGCAGACGGGCGUGGCCAGACGCGUCGUGCACGUCAACGGCGGCUUGCUGCCCACGAGCGAGCAGACGUGGGAGGCGUCCUGGAACCUGGCCAGGCAGAGCACGGCGGCGCAGACGUGGCUGCACUUGCAUGAAAACGUGGGCGUGCACGACAUUGCGGCCCGCAAGGCCGAGGUGGAGGAGCGGUUCAAGCAGUGGGAUGCGGCGCAAGGUGCUUCGCGAGAAGUGACGGUCAGCCAUGUGGAACAAGUAAAGACGUUUGCACCGGGAGUAUGGCACUGCGUCUUUGAUGUUUGCAUUGCAACGCCGCAGAUCUAG